AUGCAACAACCAUCCAAUUAUUAUCAACACCAACAAGCUUUGCUACUUGCACAACAACAACAGCAACAGCAACAACAGCAACAGCAACAGCAGCAACAUCAACAACUACAAGAGGCUGCAGUCGCUGCCGCCGCUGCAGCUGCAGCUGCUGCCGAUGCUGAUACUGCACGUAGUAACAACAGCGGUGGUGGUAGCAGUAGCAAUAAUACCAACAUUUCCUCAGCAGCAACCCAACACAGUCUUGAUGAUGCAGAUGACUCGGAUGAUGACCAAGGAAGCAAACCUGGCAACAAACGUAGUGGACGACGUAAAAUCAAGAUUGAAUACAUUGAAGACAAAUCUCGACGCCAUAUUACUUUUUCCAAGCGUAAAGCUGGCAUCAUGAAAAAGGCAUAUGAAUUAAGCACGUUGACAGGAACCCAAGUUUUGUUACUCGUGGUAUCAGAAACAGGCCUUGUGUAUACCUUUACAACACCAAAGUUACAACCCCUUGUCACCAAACCUGAAGGAAAGAAUCUUAUUCAAUCAUGUUUGAAUGCACCGGAUAUCACCACUCCAGAAGCAAACACUGGUUCAGAGUCCCGGUUGGGUAACAAGAUGCCAACUACAACAGCUGGAGGAGGAGCAGACACUCGAGCUUAUGGAGGAUUAGCAGCAGCAGCAGCAAGCAGCACAGCAGCAUCAUCAGCAACAGCAUCUUCAUCGUUUGGUAAUCUACCUUACCCUGCAUACUUGCAACAACAACAACAGCAACAGCAACCUCCUCCAUCCGCAGAUUCGGGUGGUCUUCCAAGAUGA